AUGGCGGAAGCCGCCGUGAGCUUCGUGACGGAGACACUGCUCCGAUCACUAGAAAAUGAAGUGAGGUUGCAGAUGAGACUGAAAUCAGAAGUUGCGAACAUAAGCCAAGAUCUACAAACCAUCAAGGCGUAUCUGAGAGAAGCAGAUAUCCAGGCAGAAAGACCAAACACGAGCAACACGUUGAAGGACUGGGUGAAGAACGUGAGGGAAAUAGCUCACGACAUUGAAGAUUGCAUCGAUGAUUACAGGUACGAGGUGGCUAGGGGCCGAGUAGAGCAACGUAACCUCGCCGGUCGGGCUCGCCGGGCUCUUGGGUUCGUGACCAGGAUUGUAUCAACCCACGGAAUCAGCGACAAGAUACAGGAGAUCAGGGAAAGAAUAUCUCGCCAGGAUGGAAUGAGAAAAAGCUUGGGCCUCACCGGAGGGGAUGAAGCUGGCGGCGGCGCCGGAGGCCAAGACUGCUGCCGAGGCUGCUGCGGAGGAGGGUCGAAGGGCGGAGGGUCAAACAGAUGGUCUUGGCAUGAGCAAAAGCAGCUAGCGGCUAUCCCUGGGAAGGAUCGGCUGGUGGGCUUUGCAGAGCAGAAGAGAGCCCUGGCGAGUUGGCUUACGGGCGGCAGGAAUAACUGCACCGUUAUACCAGUUGUUGGCGCCGGCGGACUGGGCAAGACUACCCUUGUCAGCCAUGUGUAUGGUCUCAAAGAAGUGGAGAACGCUUUCGCCCGACGAGCAUGGGUGGUUGUGUCCCAAUCGUACGACCCAAGACAUAUACUCAAGAUUCUGAUCAAAGAACUCCGGAACCAGAAGAUUUUAGAUCAGUCGGACACCGACUUGUGGCAUUUGAACGAAGAAGUGCAGACUUGUCUCAAGAACAACAAGUGCUUGAUUGUGUUCGACGACGUGUGGGACACCAAUUUCUGGAGCAGCAUCAAAUCCAUAUUACCCUCACAAAACAGAACCAAAACCAGAAUCAUAAUCACCACCAGAAGUCAGGAAGUGGCAAAGCAUUGCAAGGACCAGGCACACCCAGCCGAAGUUAAAACCUUCCCUUUGAAACGUCUAGAGUACCAAGAGGCUAAGAAACUUUUCAAUCAGAUUGUGUUUGACGGUGAUGAAUGCCCAAAAGACCUUCAAAUUUUGUCUCACGAAAUAAUCCAGAAAUGUGAAGGGAUGCCACUGGCUAUUACCACCAUCGCGAGUCUUCUUUCAAAUGCAAAUACAGACGACACUUCCCGAUGGCAAAAUGUGUCUAAGAAUCUGAGUCGGAUCUUAGCUGCAGAAACCAAUCCCGAGGUCCGAGCAUUUAACGCAGUCACUACCGUAUCAACGGCAAAAGACUCAUUCGUUUAUGGAUAG